AUGUCUCUUGACAAACCAAUCUAUGCUUCUGUAAAGUUAAACCCAACCAUGCAUAUGUGGCAAACACCUGAUUUGAUCUCAGUUGGCCAUAAUACGGGCCAUUCUGCAGUACCUCUUCAAUCGGCUAGACGUUUGACCAAGAAUCGAGUACCUUUACCUGGGGUCUCGCGUCUAGUCAACAGUGUCCGUCGCUUAAGAACACGCAAUUCAUUUACCCCCACGCACUUCUCAUGGACCGAUCUUCCUCGUGCGACAUUUUUGUUCCGACUCAAGAGAUCCACUUCUAAUUUUCCCUCGGAUCAAGAACCCUCUGCAGGGUCAAAAUCUGUGAGAAAGGCUCGCCUCCAUUUUAAAAAACCAAUUGAUCGAAGAGCUAUGCGUAAACCCAAUAAUUUGGACAUAUCUCGAACAAACCGGCCGGGAUUGAAUAGAUUACGUUCUAGGACAAAGAAAAGACGCCCAAGUGUACUAAAGUCAUGGGCUAAAAUAGACCGACAGCAGAUACAUGACCAAAUGCAAAGGUUUAGAGUACCCUUGCGCUGGACAGACUCGGUCGCUUCUUUCUCAAUUAACACAGAUCUGAAAGAGAUCUCGCCCGAAAUAUGCUUACAUAACCUGACAAAGAGUAUCAAGCGUCUACAAUACUUGAUCGAAAAAGAGGUCGAGGCUAUUCAGUUUAAUCAACAAGAAGUCAUAGACUAUAGUGCGAAAUUAAAACAGUUAGAUAUAGACUCACAGAGACUAGACUCAUUGGUAGAGUAUGGUCGUGUAGAAGUCAUGAGCGGGUUUAGGACUACUCUUAAAGCAAUAGAACAAGAAACAAGCUGGCUUAGUCAUGCCCAACGCAAGCAGCAAAAGACAACGGCCCGGAUAGAAAGUUAUGGCCAACGAGUGAAUCAUAAUAUACGACUAGCAACCUUAAAGUUGAAUAUACAGUCAGCACAAAGUAUAGAAGAGAUGCGGCUUUACAUUAAGGAUUGGAAAUUUCGCUCAGUAUUUCUGUUCAUGUCAUUUGCAUUUUGCAUUUUGGCCAUAUCUACAUUGCCUACCCGCCAAGCACUUCUGUUACUUCCAUAA